AUGGUGCCUCUUCACAUAUUACUGGUGCUGUUACUCUAACUAAUGUAGAAGUACUUAAGUUACCUCCAUAUAUAACAUCAAAAAUACAGUCCAUGGACGCUAGUAUUAUUGUAUCAUUUAAGACUCAUUAUCGUCACAUGCAACUUCAAUAUACACUGGAUCUUAAUGAAGCUAGGAAAUGCAACAUAUAUAAAGUUGAUCAAUUGCAGACUAUGAGAUGGGUAAAGAAUGGUGUACUAGUUGUCCCACCUUCUCCACUCCCUCUCAUCGAAGAUGUAAAAGAAAGUUUAUUUGUCGAUCCAGAUGAUGAAUUAGCCACCAUAGAGCUCCAGCAAACGAUAGAUACAUUGUGCAUUCGUAAUCCAAUACCAAUUAAAGAUUUGUUAGACCUUGAGAAGGAAAAAACAGAAAUACACCAACAAUUUAAUGAUGAUGACUUUGUACAAGCUGCUACAGAAAUAGACUACGUAGAGAAUGAAGUCAUUAUACAACCCUUAACCAGACAAGAACAGUUGGAAAUUCUGCGCAAUGCUCUGCAAAUUGUUGAUGAAAAAAUUGAUAAUAGUGGAAUUACAAUGAAGGCUUUGUGUAAGCUUCAAAUACAUAUUCGUGAGGAGAUCCGAAAGGAAAAGGCUGAAAAACAG